UGGCAUUUCUGGUCCCUGCUAGUAACAACCAAGAAAAAUGGAUAAAAGAUGGAGUCUUCAAUGUAUGACUGCUCUUGUCACCGGUGCAGCCAGCGGAAUCGGAUAUGCCAUAGUAGAGGAGUCAGCUGGUUUUGGAGCUAGAAUCCAUGUAUGCGACAUCUCUGAAACUCUUCUCAAUCAAAGUUUAAGUGAAUGGGAAAAGAAAGGGUUUCAAGUGAGUGGUUCAGUCUGUGAUGUAACUUCUCGUCCCGAUAGAGAAAAACUGAUGCAAACCGUUUCCUCGCUGUUUGAUGGCAAACUCAACAUUCUUGUAAACAAUGUUGGUGUACUUCGCGGGAAGCCAACAACGGAAUAUGUGGCAGAUGAUUUCUCUUUUCACAUCUCAACAAAUUUGGAAGCUGCUUUCCAUUUUAGCCAGCUUUCACAUCCUCUCUUAAAGGCUUCAGGAUUUGGAAGCAUCGUCUUUAUGUCCUCUGUCACAGGGAUUGUAUCAGUUGAAUGUGGAUCCAUUUAUGGUCUAACGAAAGGAGCUUUGAAUCAGUUAACUAGAAAUUUGGCAUGUGAAUGGGCAAAAGAUGGCAUAAGAGCCAAUGCUGUUGCACCUAAUGUUGUCAAGACUCCUCUGUCUCAAUCUUAUCUCGAGGACGUCGGUUUCAAGGAGGCAUUAUUUGGUAGAACUCCACUUGGUUGCGCUGGAGAGCCGAAUGAAGUUGCAUCACUAGUGGUCUUCUUGUGUCUACCUGCAGCUUCUUAUAUUACUGGUCAAACCAUUUGUGUUGAUGGAGGCCUCACGGUUAAUGGUUUCUCCUAUCAACCACAGGCUUGACGCUUGAGAAUGGCUUUGUGCUCUCAAAGUUCUAGAUCUAAUAUAAAUUGUCACUCUAUGAGUUUAUACACGUAAACAUAAAUGAGUUUGCAAUUCCAUUUUGGAGAUGCUAAUCUCGCUUAGAUAGAAGAUUCGAGUACACCUGCAACACCAACAUCUUGUGGCAAUGUUUCUCUCAUAAAUCAAAAUGUUAUAUGUUUCAAGUCAUC